GGAGGUGGCGCAAGCGCAGUGCUGCUGAGUUCCUUCACGUGGAAUACUUCUGAUGACUGUCUGUGUCAGUCCAGUACAGCCGCUGACUGAACCUUAGGCGUGAACGCGAGGGUAGAAUAUAUAGCUGAUUAGCUAUAAACCCGGAGACACGGAGAGAUGGCAUUCCGAAAGUUCCUCCCCUUGUUUGACCGGGUGUUGGUGCAGCGGCUGACGGCGGAGACCGUGACAAAAGGGGGAAUCAUGCUGCCAGAGAAGGCCCAGGGGAAGGUGCUGCAGGCCACUGUGGUGGCAGUGGGCCCAGGAACCACCAAUAAGGACUUCUACAACUGGCCUGAUGAGUCAUUUGAGGAGAUGGACAGCACACUCGCUGUGCAGCAGUACAUCCAGCAGAACAUCCGCUCAGACUGCUCCAACAUCGACAAGAUUCUGGAGCCUCCCGAGGGCCAGGACGAGGGCGUGUGGAAAUAUGAACACCUCAGGCAGUUCUGUCUGGAAUUGAAUGGGCUGGCUGUCAAACUGCAGAGUGAAUGCCACCCAGAUACAUGCACUCAGAUGACUGCCACAGAGCAGUGGAUAUUCCUGUGCGCUGCCCACAAGACCCCAAAAGAGUGCCCAGCCAUCGAUUACACCCGACACACUCUGGAUGGAGCUGCUUGCCUGCUCAACAGCAACAAAUAUUUCCCCAGCCGGGUGAGCAUUAAGGAGUCCUCUGUAGCUAAGCUGGGCUCAGUGUGUCGUCGCGUCUACAGGAUAUUCUCCCACGCCUACUUCCACCACCGCCAGAUAUUUGACAAGUACGAGAAUGAGACAUUCCUGUGUUUCCGGUUCACGCGCUUUGUGAUGAAGUACAGCCUGAUGUCCAAGGAUAACCUGAUUGUGCCCAUCCUGGAGGAGGAGCAGAACGCUCCCGCUGUUGGGGAGAGUGAGGCCUGAGCAGCAGGCUGCAGCAUGUCAACACUGCCCCUUGUGCAUCUUCUGCCAAGCCCCGCCAGUGUACAGACCCCAUCCUGUCCUGCCCCUGUACAUAUCCCACUGUGACCCAUCUCGCCACUGCACAUGCCCCACAAUGCCCUGUACUGCCCCAUGUAUAUGCCUCCCCCCCACCCCUGUACAUACACUGAUUCACCCCAUCCUCCUUGUACAUACCCCAACCCCAAAAUAUGUGGCCUGGUCUAGUCAGCUCUGUGUUCUGCUUAGUCUCUCUGCCCCUCUUAUAUAAAAUUAUUUAAUGUGUGUGUGUGCGCGUGCGUGCGUGUGUGUGCGUGGCAGCGAGAUUCUCCCUGCUGCUCCCAGCUGUGGGCUGGCCACUAUACCUUUUUUUUUCAAAUUACAAUUUUUUAAAUCUAAAGGUUAUUUUCGUUAUCAGUUAAUAAAAUUGAAUAUAUUACCCAGAA